CACAUUAAUCUCCACAACUUUAGCAAUUCUGUACUUGAGACCCUCAAUGAGCAGCGAAACCGCGGGCACUUCUGUGACGUGACUGUUCGGAUCCAUGGUAGCAUGCUGCGAGCUCACCGUUGUGUGCUGGCUGCAGGCAGCCCCUUCUUUCAGGACAAGCUGCUCCUGGGCUACAGUGACAUCGAGAUCCCCUCUGUGGUUUCUGUACAGUCCGUCCAGAAACUGAUUGACUUCAUGUACAGCGGUGUGCUGCGGGUCUCCCAGUCCGAGGCCCUGCAGAUCCUCACAGCUGCCAGCAUACUUCAGAUCAAGACCGUUAUCGACGAGUGCACCCGUAUUGUUUCACAAAAUGUUGGCAUUACUGGAUCUGGCAGCUUUUCCGUCGUCCCAGGUGACUCGGGGCAGGAGACGCCACGGGGAACUCCUGAGUCUGGCACGUCCGGUCCCAGUAGUGAUGCCGAAUCAGGCUACAUGCAAACAUCUCACCAGAGCCUUGACCGCGUUUAUUCCUCGCUUUAUUCCAGCUGUUCUGGGUUGGGCCUGCAAAACGGUACCCGUGGAAAUCGCUCCCACUAUGCCAGUGCCGCGGUGACAGCCAGCUAUGACUCACCCCUUCCACUACAGCAUAAGGAGGGAGGACAAGACCCGGCCUGGAUCACACGCAUCCACGAGCGUUCGCAGCAGAUGGAGCGCUUCCUGGCCACGUCGGAGACUACACACUGCCGUAAACAGCCUCGUCCCGUGAGGCUCCACACAGGUGAUAUUCACAUCAAGCAGGAGCAAGGGGACGAUUACAGCUGCUAUGGGCUUGAGGACUGCCGUGAGGACAGUGAACAGCUGGAGUGUGUCGAAAGUGAGCCCAAAGGCGAGAGCUUUGACUCCGGCGUCAGCUCUUCCAUUGGCACGGAAACGGAUUCUGUUGAGCAGCCUUUCUUGUCCGGGUUCACUCGAGACAACUGUCCAAAUAAAGGCCAGCAAGGUGAGCGUGGAACCCCUGUGCAGAUCGAGGUUAACGAUUCAUCUCCCGAGCAGACUCAAGAGUCGGUUGAAGACGGGAAUAGAAACGGUCCUUCUCAAGAGAGUGGUGAGCUUGGAGUCCAUCAGCCACCACAAGCCAACCUAACAGCACCACAGUCCAUGCCUGGUGGGCCAUACCUGCGGCCAGGUGAACCCCUUACCAGCAACCUGCGUAUGCCCCUCACCCUGACCAGCAACUCCCAGGUAAUGGGAACUGCAGGCAACACUUACUUGCCUACACUCUUUGCAACCCAGUCAGCCAGCGACAACAAGCCUUUCCUCUUCAGUCUGCCCCAGUCCAUUGGGAGUCAGCAGCCACAAUUUGUGGCAGUGCCCUCUCCCAGCAUGCCUCCAUUCCCCAGCGGACUGACAGUGCCACCAGUUGGAAGUCAGCAGCAAGGUGGUGCUGCAGUGGGACAGCAUGGGGAGAAGAAGCCCUACGCAUGCACUCUUUGUUGUAAGACCUUUACUGCCAAACAAAACUACGUGAAACACAUGUUUGUGCACACAGGUGAAAAGCCACACCAGUGCAGUAUCUGCUGGCGUUCGUUCUCGCUGAAGGAUUAUCUCAUCAAACACAUGGUUACACAUACAGGCGUCCGAGCAUACCAGUGCAGCAUCUGCAACAAACGCUUCACCCAGAAGAGCUCGCUCAACGUCCACAUGCGCUUGCACCGUGGAGAGAAGUCCUACGAGUGCUACAUCUGCAAGAAGAAGUUCUCCCACAAGACCCUGCUGGAGCGCCACAUGGCCCUGCACAGCACCGAAACCGGGGUCUCCGGGGUCAGUGCCGCCGGGAGUGCCGGAGGCCCCGCAUCCAUCCCGGUUCCGAUGGCUGUUCCCGAGCCGGGAGCGGGAGUGGUGGCUCUCGCCAUGCCGGUGGGAGCGGGCGGAGCAGGGGGUGGAGUCGGAAACACCGGAGUGGGCGUUGCUGCGGAAGCGAGCUGCCAGGAGGGGACCACCUACAUGUGCUCCGUGUGCCCUGUCAAGUUUGACCAAAUCGAGCACUUCAAUGACCACAUGCGCAAGCAUGUCUCCGACGGAUAAGUACAAAUAAAAAAAAAAAAACUUGCGUAAACAUGAAAUGAUAACAAAAACGGCACUAGAUUUUUUUUCUUAUAUUGGGGCAUGAAGAGUAAUGAGUAUAGACACUGGCACAUUAAGUUUUCUAGAAAAAAAGAAGCGUUUAAUUUCUUUUCUUUUUUUUGUCCUUGCUAUUCUUAAAGAAUAAAAAAGAUGGUGGCCUUAAGGCUGUGUAGUUGGAUAAUGAUCCACUGGCUGGAUCCAUACUACUGGCCUCUAAAUGUAUGCUUUCCUUAAAUACUGAUUUAUGUGUUGAACACUACCGAAAGGCCUGCGAAAGAACACACAAGAAAAAAAAAAAAUUCACAUGCACACACACACUCAGACAUAAACACAAACACAAAUACACAUACCCAUGCAUGCACCCACACGCACAAACUACUUAUACACACUUAUAUAUGGUAGAGGUAUUUUGUACGUAUGUGUAUUUGUGCAUGUGAGCGUGCGUGUGCACAAAAAUAAAUAUUGCAGUGAAUUUUUUUAACUUGUAGAUCUUUUCCCAUGUAGACCGCAUUGGACACUAUAAGCGUCCAAGCUUACUGUGGUAUAGAAUCAUAAAAGAAAAAAAAAGAAAAAGAGAUUUGGCUCUAGAUUCAUUCUAAAAUGAUGGUCACGUGUUUGCCUUUUUAUGUGCGAUAAGAAUAGGAGAGUUAUUAAAUUUGACACUGGGUUUUUAUUUAUUAUUAUGGCAUUGAGGGAUUAUGAUGUUGAUGUUGUCAAGGUACAAGCCAGUUUUACUAACUGUACUAAAAUGGGAAUUUUUGAGUGGCUUGAUGAAUGAAUGAUUAUUAUGAUUAUGACAUUUUCCUUUUCUCCCACCACACUCUUUUUUCCCCAAUAGUUCGGGUCAAGUUUACAAAAAAAAAAAAAAAAAAAAGUUUAUAAAUAACAGUAUUCGAGCAAAAACUUUGAAUGCCGUUAAUAAUUUCCAAUUCGUUUUGCAUACACUGCCACUAAGAAGACGACUGUUAGUUGACCUCUUCCGCUUCAAAACGAGAUGUGAUAAAGUUCUAUUUGCUCCAUGGAUUUUUUUGUUUUGUUUUGUUUUUUGGACAAAAAGAAAAAAGGAAAAUGGCAGAUUUUAGUAUGCAAACAGGCCCAGAAUCCAACGUAAUUGCUGCUCCUUGCGUGCUCACUUUGAGACUGUUAUCAGCUGUAGAAUCCAACAAUAUGUGGAUAUUUCUCUAAUAUUAUUAUUUCUCAGUGAACAUGGGAAACGUUAAGCUAUUUGGAGCCAUGGGCUAGAUUAGAUCAAAAGUGAACUGGACAGAAAUAACCUCCUAAAUGCAUAAAAAUAAUGUAUUUCCUGUUAGCGGCGACUACUAUGACUCAGUUGUUUGGGCCAGUGGGGUGACUAAAAUGCACUACUCCUGUUCCUAAAGCCCCGCCUAGUGGCUCAAACAGCCGUCCUUGUUUUUUGCCUGAUGGGAUAUACACAUAGGGGAGAGAGCAGGCGAAGGAUAUAGGGACACAAGGCAACAGAUAAAGAAACAUCUUCUGAACCACAAUAAAUUCAACACGGUCAUUCUUCUUUAAUAUACCACAGGGAGAAAACUCUCCAAACAAUAAGAAACAUUCCCAAUUUUACCGAUAUCUAGACAUUGUGUGUGUACUUCGGAAGUGAGUUGAGAAAGUUGUAUUUUUGGUGUUACGUCACUCGGAAGCUCUGUGUUCAUAUUUGGUUUCAUUAUACACGUAUUUUAUGGAUAUAAAAAGACUUAUCUGCCGUUCAACUGCAAUCUGGCAAUUUUGCUCACUUAUCUGAGUAGAUAUACUUUUGGAGUAUAGUUAAAAUGAUAACAAAAUGUAUCUAUCACAAUUUAUUUAGACUUUUUCCAUUUUGGAAUUUGGUCGCAUAAGUUGUAGGUUUGAAAAACAGUGCUACUUUGCACAUUUACUUCAAAAUCCUGUGCUUAAUAAACAUUGAAUUGUUUUACUUAAGAAAUUUAAUUCUAUGGUUUUCUUUUUUUCUUUUUUUUUUAUAAAGGAAAUAUCUUUUCUUAAAAGCUUGAUAAGAGGACUGCAUUGUUUUCUUGCAUAUAUGUUGCACUGCUUAAACCAAUAAGUGCACUACUGUUACCAGAGAUGUUCUAGUUUUUAGAGAUAAUCAUUUUUUAUCAAAUAUUUGGUUCUAUAGUUCACUUGUGUUUGAGUAGCUUUGUUCUUUUUUUGAUUAGAUGAUUAAAUGGCUUUUUAUUAUCACUUGCUAUUGUAUUUACUUUGUGCUGUUUAUGCAAGCGUUUUUUUCUUCUUCUUUAUUUAUAUUUAAACCAUUGUGAGCUUAUCCCUGGUCAGAUCCUAAUGAUGUAUUGCUUACACCACUUCCAUCCCUUCCCCCAUCCCAACACUAUCCCGAUGCAGUUAAUUCAUUGAAGCAAAUGCUCGGUUUUCUUCUCAUUAAUACCAAACGAAAAAAAAAAAAAUCAAAAAACAAAACAAACAAACAAAAAAAAAACAUCAAAAUCAAAAAAAAAAAAAAAAGAAAAAAAAAGAUUUGUAGUGUGUGCCUAAAUAUAUGAUAAAUGUCUUUUAGAACAAGUACGUUUCUACGAGAGGGUCAUUGUGCAAAGCUUUUUAGUGCUGUCUAGGGAUCAAGCACAUUUAUGUAUGUGUUUGUAUGAGCAUGUGUGUGUAUAUUCCUCUGGUAUGUCUCUAUGUGUGUGCUGUACAAUUUGUGAUGCCUGAACUGUAGGGCUUCCUUUGCAAUAUGCAGUACAGGUACGGCAACAGUGACAACAUUUCAUUUUACAAACUUAGGAGUGCAUUUGGUAACUUUCUCAAGAACAAUCAUUACUAUUUUCCCUACAAUAAAUGACACAAGGAACAUGAUGCUGUUAAGGCCCUUACUUUAAUUCUGAAUGAUACGAUCUGGCCUAACCCAGUGCUGUCAAAGUCAAUUCAACGACUUCAAUAUGCCUGUUGAAUAUUCUGUAUCAUUCUGCAGUGCUUCAAGACCAAACAUCGCUUUUUAACUCAAUUAUGCUGCAAAGUUUGGCCGCAGGCUGUGUUGUAUCAGUCUGAGGUGUUGCCUUAGACAAGCAUACGUGUUCGUUGGUCAUUUCCAGUCGAGUUGCAGAUCCCGAUCUUGUUUUACUUCAGCUUGGCGUACCAUUUUGACGGUUGUGUUGAGUAGCUAAAUGAUCUGUUGGUGGUUUGUGGCGGUGGUGGUGGUGGCGGUGAUGGUACAGUUGAUAGUCCAAAAAAAGCCUUGUCUCAUCCAUUUGUAGUUUUGUUGGUUGUGAAUCAUUUGUUGGUUCUAAAUGUUAUUUUUCCCAUUCAGUAACCGUCCAUAUUUGGAUUUAAAAUGCAGCAAAUCGCAGAAACUUGUCUUUAAAGAAGGUUCAGGCCAGCAUAAACGUUAACAUUUCGAUGCAUUAAAGCACUUAAUGAGCACUACCAGAGAGCGGGGUGGGAGGGAGGGGCUUACAUUGGCCAUCAGCUGUGUCUUUACAGAUAGCCUUAAUCAUGUUUGACUCAAGCGACCAAAUGCACUAUUGCUUGUGAAGGUGCUGUUGCAAUUUCUAGCGUUUAUUUUACACAAGGGAUAAAUAUUUAAGAGAAAGCAACCUUGCAAUACAGUAUUGGUAAAUUGUCUAGUGAAGGUUAUCAAGGACAUACAGCUACAUGCAAAUCGACAAUUUCUCUUGUCAUUUUGGUAUAGAUUCAUUCGGCCAUGCAUUUUAACCAUGCAUGGAGGCAACAGCAUCACCGGUCCUAGUAUCAGGCUUCAUAUAUUAAAGCCGUCUCAUCUCGCUUGUGUUGAAGUGCUAUGAGGCUUUAAUGUCCAAUAUUACCGUUACUCUGUGUUUGUUCAUAUGUAAAAAGGAAAAAGAACAGCGACAAAAAAAAUAUAAAAUAUUUUAUUUCACAGAGACUUUGUUUAGCCUAAAUUGUGUAGUUUGUGAAAGUGUACAAAUCUGCACGAAGAUGUUUAGACACAAUUCAGAUGCUUAAAUGUCAUAGUCUACUAUCCAUUGCAUCUAGACUGGACACCGUUCUUGUGGGUAAAAAGCACUAUGACGAUCACUUCUAUGGGUAGUUCAGAUAGACUUUUUACAUUACUUACAGUAUAUAUUUACAGUUCAUAAAUGUAGAGUUAGCUUUUAUUUUUGUUUUCUGCUUAAAAUUGUAAUUUUACAAUACAUGUUAAUUUUCUUCAGUGUACAGUAUAGACACAGCAUUCUCUUUGCUAUUACAGUAGGUUUUUGUUGUAGGACUACCACCUUUUUUUCUCCUUGCUUUUUAACAAAGGUACUUUUUUCAAAACAAAAAUCUUUAUUUAUAAAGAAUAUCUAUUCCUAGAGUAUAGGAUUGUGGGCACAGAAAAGACCUUGGAAAACAUCACCAAUAUCUACGUAGGAGCGGAAGAGGUGAAUAUUACUUGGAACAGUUGAAUGAUUGGUUGUGUUGUAUGCUCAGAGACUAAGCUUUUUCAUAACAUGCAAACUAUAUCAUGCAUCCUAUAAUACUGGUCUGAGAAAACCCCAGUGAAAUACUUCAGUCAGCCCAUUUCCCCCAUCUCCAUAUUUAAACAGUCAGCUUCAAUUUAACAUCGCUGCAUUGAAAUCUUUCAUCUUGCAGUUGUUUUCUUCUUCGAACAAACAAAGACUUAAUCUUCUUUCUACACAAUGGUCAGACUAAUUCAAAACAAGCUAGAGAAUCCAUGUCUUCAUCAGCAUCUACAACAGAUAGUACUGUAACCAAAACAACACCUAACACUGUACAUGUGGAAUUUUACAAUGCCUCUCCUUUGUAGAAAAAAAAAAUGAUGAAGUGCCUCUUUUUACAGAUCCAAGCUUAAGAAAGCUCACAAUAAUACUGUUAUUUUUAUUCUGUAAUAAUAAUACUUCACAAAACAGCAAAAACAAAACAAUAUUCACUGCCUAAAACAAAACACACACACACACACAAACAUAGUUUUUCAACUAUCGACAGAUCCCUCUAUGAGGCAAGCAUGAGGACUACCAGCAAUAAUAAUUACAAAAUAGAUCUGAAAUGUCACAAAAAGACUUUGACUUGUACCAUUUAAGGACCACUAAUAAGUAAGGGUGUUUUAUUGUGUUUUAACCCCUGAAAUCACCAAAAUGAAGCUUAUUUUAUACUACAAUAUACAGUGUUAUAUUGUGUCCAAAGUGCCCCUGUUAAAAUUAAUAAAUAAAAAAUGUUUGCAUACGUUUUAAUUUCACUUCAUAUUUUUCAAACCUGCCUUUAGAAUUUUAUAUGUCGCAUAUUUUAAAUGCCCUAUUGAAAAUGUCUGCCUUUUCAAUAUGCAUAUUAUUGGACAUUUGUGUAUGUGAACAAAACUAAACAAACAAACAAAAAAAUUGUUCUUCCUAUCCUAUUUCCUCUUCUUCCUCUCUAUUUCUAGGUUCUUUCCUAUAGAUGCUGAAUUUGCUUGAGAUGACGUCUUUCCUUUUAAAGAUGUUAAUGCUAUAUGCUUUUGAGCAGUUGUUGUUAUACAUAAUCAGCAUAAUAUUGUGUAUGCCGUAAUCAAUAUUGCGAUGGUUUAUGUGAAAAGAGGUCAUUGUUGUUCUGUGAUGAGAUUUGCGAGAUUUUACAGACUACUCUGUAAACUAGAGUAUAGAGACACAGUUUUUGAAGAAUAUAACAGAGAAACGAAUACAGUUUUAAUCUUUGUAGUCAGUAGACAAGCAUAUCAUAUGUUCAAUACCAAAUCCUUUUUUUUCACCAGAGGUUAGAUAUGUAAGCAUGCUUGUGAUUACACACUUUUCUAACACUUCUCUUUCUGCGUUACGGCUCUGAAUGGUAUUCACUAUUGAUUAUAUGAUAUUCUUCUGCUUGUAUCAUAGGCUCAAAUCCAAAGACAAAGCAUUUACUCUAUUUAUGACUACAGAGUUUGUUCGUUUGUUCAUUUGUUUUUCAGAAACAAUAGAAAAUGAUACAUAUAUUUACAGGACAAAGUACAAUACAGAUUUUAACAGGAGAAGCAAGCAAACAUAAACUAUCUUUAGAUGAAUCAUAUAUAUAUAUGUGUGCGUGUGUGUGUGUGUGUGUGUAUAUAUGAUGUUUCAGAUACAGAUACUGCAGUUUCCUUACUAAUCACACAAGGCAUACUUUUAAUAAUGAUGCUGACUACACAGUUUUAAACGAUGACAUGCAUAAUUCCCUGAUGUCAUUUACAUGUUGAGGAUCACUUUUUCUUGGCCUGAAAAACCUGAAAUGGUCCUAGUUAGGAUUUGGACUGAGAAAACAGCUAGUUUGCAUGCUUUUAGGGACACCCACAGUUUGCGACAAAGUCAUUUGCAAAAGUACUCAGUGGAUUGUAUUUAAGGGUCGGCAAGGAAUGGAGGGAUGGUGUUGCUUGUGCAGGGCUGAGAGGAGCGGUGACGCCAUUUUUUUAUCUGUGAGCUACAUGUUUUGUGCUUUCGCUGUCUUCCACAACCACUGUGUAUACACCCUAAAGCAUCAAUCUGUCCUGUUAAAAUUGAAUCUCAUCUGCCUCUCUGUCAAGUUUGAUGCAUGGCACCUCAGUUCACCAGUAACAGUGUGUUUUUAUAUAAUUAAUCAAACAAUUAAUCAA